CUGGCCCUCGCUGGCUAGCCCGGCUAUUGUGCUGGGACAACUCAUCAUAGAUCGGUCUUCUUCUUUUUUUUUUUUUUUAAAGGACAUUUCCACCGGCUCGAAUAGUCGCUCUAAAGUGACGGCUUCCCCGUCUUUUUAUUAUAUUGUUGUUUCUUUUUGAAUGACUACCCGAGGGGGGUCCUCGCAGACGUCUCGGAGCUGCUGGCGGUGGAGUUUAGUCGCUGUCGGCAUGGGACGGACGACUGAGAUUUGAUUGUCGGUGUGUGUCUCCUCCACUUCGGGACGUGAAAAUAACAAAAGGGAGGACAAAAAAAGACGCAUGUAGCCGGACUACGACGCUGCAGAGGUCGCUUGGUAAAAGGCUUGACGAUGGGUUGCGUCCGGAGCAAAGAGGACAAAGGCCCGGCACUGAAGUACCGGCCGGAUAACGCCAGCAACACUCCGGUCAACACCCACUUGGGCCACUACGGUCCCGAGCCCACGCUGAUGGGUCAGUCGCCGGCGGUGAAGACGCUCAACAGCAGCUACAACAGCCACGCCUCCGGGCUCACCCCAUUUGGUGGCGCGUCGUCCGCCAUGACACCUUUUGGCGGCGCAUCCACCUCCUUCACGUCCGUGGCUGUGAGCAGUCCCUUCCCUGGUGUCAUCACAGGCGGCGUCACAUUCUUCGUGGCGCUGUAUGACUACGAAGCGAGAACGUCGGACGAUCUGUCGUUCAAAAAAGGCGAUCGCUUUCAAAUUAUCAACAACACGGAAGGCGACUGGUGGGAGGCUCGUUCCAUCAACACGGGACAGAAGGGUUACAUCCCCAGCAACUACGUGGCCCCCGCCGACUCCAUACAAGCUGAAGAAUGGUAUUUUGGCAAAAUGGGCCGCAAAGACGCAGAAAGGCUUUUAUUAAUUCCAGGCAACCAGCGAGGUACUUUCUUGGCACGAGAGAGUGAGACAACCAAAGGUGCCUACUCUCUAUCUAUCCGUGACUGGGAUGAAGUCAAGGGAGACAAUGUGAAACACUACAAAAUCCGAAAGCUGGACAAUGGGGGUUAUUACAUCACAACUCGGGCACAAUUUGAGAUGCUACAGAAGCUGGUGAAACACUACACAGAACAUGCCGACGGUUUGUGCUACAGGCUGACGACGGUAUGCCCCACGGUGAAGCCGCAAACUCAGGGACUGGCCAAGGACGCAUGGGAGAUCCCCAGAGAUUCCCUGCGACUGGAAGUCAAACUGGGCCAGGGCUGCUUUGGCGAGGUCUGGAUGGGCACAUGGAAUGGUACCACCAAGGUGGCCAUCAAGACUCUGAAGCCAGGCACUAUGUCUCCGGAGGCGUUCCUACAGGAGGCCCAGAUCAUGAAGAAGCUGCGACACGACAAGCUGGUGCCUCUCUACGCCGUGGUGUCCGAAGAGCCUAUCUACAUCGUCACAGAGUUCAUGGGCAAAGGGAGUCUGCUGGACUUCUUGAAGGAGGGAGAUGGCAAAUACCUGAAGCUGCCCCAGCUGGUGGACAUGGCCGCACAGAUUGCGGAUGGCAUGGCCUUCAUCGAGCGGAUGAACUACAUCCACAGGGACCUGCGAGCCGCCAACAUCCUGGUUGCCGACAACCUGGUGUGCAAGAUAGCCGACUUCGGCCUGGCGCGGCUCAUCGAGGACAACGAGUACACGGCCAGGCAAGGUGCUAAAUUCCCCAUCAAGUGGACAGCGCCGGAAGCAGCUCUAUACGGCCGCUUCACUAUCAAGUCAGACGUGUGGUCGUUUGGUAUACUACUGACUGAACUGGUCACCAAAGGCAGAGUGCCCUAUCCAGGUAUGGUGAACCGAGAGGUUCUGGAGCAGGUGGAGCGCGGCUACCGCAUGCCGUGUCCCCAGGGCUGCCCUGACUCGCUGCACGAAAUGAUGCGCCAUUGCUGGAAGAAGGAGGCCGACGAGAGGCCCACCUUCGAGUACAUCCAGUCCUUCCUGGAGGACUACUUCACAGCCACGGAGCCCCAGUACCAGCCGGGGGACAACCUGUAGACUCAGAAGAGCUCGUGUUGGUACAAAACAGACUGGCCACGACACUGUGAUCAAUACCGGAGUAGUGGGUCCUCAUUUCACAUUGGGGGCUAUACUUGCAGGAUGCAAUGAUGAUUUUUACUGGUACUUUUUUAAACACAAUGAAACCCCUAUCCCCUUUCCUCCAUUUUUUUUUUUUUAUUCUGCAAAAAUAAUUCUUUGAUAUUGGGGAAUCCAGAUUUUAUAUGUACAGUAAUUUGUUCUGAGUGUGUGUAGGCUGACAAGUUUAUUUUUUUUUUGGUGGUAAUUUUAUUAUUUUAUUGUGAAUGGAGCAGAUGGGUCAGAUGCAAGAAUGUACAGGAUGUCCAGGGAAAAAAAAGCUAUUUUUGAAAGUAUGAGGAGGUGGCUGAAUGACCAUUUUUGUAUGUUUUUUUUUUUUCCAUUAUUAUUAUUCUAAUGCUUCUUUGAUGUGCUUUCAGACUUAUUUUAAUCAUGCAAAAGUGCAAAAAAAAAAAAACUAAAAAGAAAUGUUUAGGAUGGACAUUUCCUGUGACCACUGAGUUUAUUUUUGUUUCAUUACUGUCAGACUCAAUAUUUCAGUCCUUUUUUUCCAUUUCAUUGAGAUAUUUUAACCAUGUCCAAGUGCAGGAAAGAAAGUAACGGUUUUUAAUGUUUAGGAUGGACAUUUCCUGUGACCAUGCAGUUUAUUUUUGUUUUAUUUCUGUCAAAUAUGCAACUUUUCAUUUUCUUUCUCUUUCAAAUCAUUGAGUUAUUUUAAUCAUGCCCAAGUGACAAAAACCCCUCUUUUUUUAUGUUGAGGAUGGACAUUUCCCGUGACCAACGAGUUGUUUUUUUUCUGUCACUAUUCCCACCAUGUUUUUACAUACUGUCACAUCAGUGUGAAAAAGAGCUCUAUUAUGUUUAGAAUAUACAUUUCUGCGACCGGAAGGUUUAUUUUUUUUAUUCAUUUCAGUCAUAGCUCUCAUAAAAAAAAAAAACAUUUCUUUUUUUUGACACUUUCCAAUUGUUAUUUUAAUCAUGCCUGAAUGCAAUUUUUUUAAUGGACAUUUCCUGUGACCAAGGAGUUAAUUUUCUCAAAUGGAUCAGCCAUUUUUUUUUUUACAGACUUUCACAUCAGUGAGUCAUGCCCUAGUACAAAAGUCAUGUCUCUUUUUUUUUUUUUUUUUUUUAAAUUGAGCUGGGCAUUUCCUGUGACCAGGAAUCAAUAUUUCAGUCAGUUUUUGACCAAGUUAAACAUAUACUACCAUUUCCAAGACAUUUGUGCCAUGGAAGGAUCGCACAAUUCUGAUUUAUUUAUCAUGUUGGCACACAUGUAUACCUAAGCUUAAAGACAAAUUGAAAUUAAUCAGUGACUAAAAUGUAUAAUUGUCAGCCAGUUUCGCACAGAAAUUGUCACUAACUUGAUUACACUGUUAUGCUUAAUAGGAUUUUGUUAGUGUUAAAACCACAGAAUGACAACACCAAGUUGUUAUUUUCAAACCUUUAUUUUCCUCUAGCGAUCCUUGUAGCUGUCUGUCCAGUGGUGCAUGAUGGGGAAAAUAGCCGUUCAGACAAAGAUGUGAACUUUUUAUUGUUUUGAAUUGAAUUUCAUUGUGUGUUUGGCUGUGGAGAACCUAAUAUGUGAUUGUUCCCAAAUUUAGGACUUGAACUAGAGAUUGAGUGGGGAAUAAUGGUAACUAAUAGAAUUUUUGUACAGGAAAAAAAAUAAAAGUUUUACUUGAAAAGUUGAA